GGUGUCUUGCUGACGGUUGUUACACCUUAUCAUCAACUAUUCUUGGUGCUCUCCAUGUUGUACAGUUUCGCCCCUUUUCCUGGUGCCUAGGCGGUAAUUACGUUCCGUUUGCCACCUUCCUCCUGACUCUAGCGUGCACAUCCCCCGUGUCGUUCUGCUGUACGUGUACUCUACUGCUCGGUCAAGAUGUUUCUCAGUGUGAAGGAGCGCGCGCGCCAGAUCGCGAACGGGCAGUUCACAGCAUCGACAACGAACGCUCAAGUUACGUCUCUGAUCGAUCUUGUGCCCGAACCUAAGCCUGCGACCGUUGCGACAACGAAGAAGACAGCUACGAAGGAAGCUCCUGCAAAAGCUGCCGCCUCGCCCUCUCAGACGAAACAAUCAAAAACCGCACCUCCACCAGCAGCGGUUCCAAAGACAACAUCCUCGAAGGCUACAUCGCCCCCUGAAGUAUCCACACCAAAGAAGUCGUCUUCCAAAUCAAAAGUGACCAAGGAACCGUCCUUGAAGCCAGCAUCUCCCAAGAUUGGAUCCCCAAAGUCGACAUCGUCAAGCAAAGUCGCAUCCGAACCCAAGGCCCCAUCCACACCCAAAAUCACGUCGCCAACCAAAGCUACGCCCUCAGCAAAGUCUACGUCUUCUAAAACCUCCUCCACACCCUCGAAAACCAAGCGCUCCAAAUCACCUCCGAAACGCGUCGACUCACCCAUCGAAGACGACAACGACCCGCUCUACUCCCUCAAGUCCGCUUGUCUCAAGCAAGUCUCAGGUGUAACCGGACUCGGCGGGCGACGUCUCGCAAUCGUGCUCAAGCAGCGGUCGUCAGGAAAGUGGUACGCAGCACUCAAAGACACGGGGGCGGACAAGUAUUUGAAGAUGUGGAUGAACAAGGACAAGACGUUUGCGACAAAGGAGGAAGCGUUGGAGGCGUAUUUGGUGUUCGCGACCAAGAUGCGAAAUGAGGUGCGUUGGUUUCCUAUGAGUCCUAGGGCGAGCAGUCCGAAGGGGAAGUGGAAGUAAAGUGUAAAUAUGUAUGGUUGGGAUAAUGGAUAUACAUCCGGGCAGGACCUGGAUGGACGGUGUAAUGAUACGGCGAUCUAGGAGGCACUUUGGUCUUGCGCGAUUGCUUCAUACGCACAAUUGGCGUUAUAUACCUUGGAAGGAUUCUGGGGGUUUGGACGGCUCGAUGGAGAAUUCUGCACGCUAUCCACGC